CUUUUAAGAAAUACCAUCGGCUGUGCAUCCAUAUCCGGGAUUGUCACAAAAACGAACCCCUUCCACACGCGGAUAUGGUGUCGGUGGCCGAAUCCGCGGCACUGGCAGCUUCUCCCGAUAUUUUGGAACGCGCCAUCGCGCAUAUGCGGGAAACACAGAUUUUCCUGCUACUGCCACAGAUGUAACCGGCAUUUUUCCAGUUUUGAGCUGCUCGAUUUACACACGCUGGGGCACAGUGAGUCAAACGAACUGCAAGACGAUCCGCGUCGGGAUUGUCCCGCCUGCUCGUUCCACGCGGCGAGUUUCGCGGAGUUGGUGCAGCACACGUUAGCGCACUUUUUAGGUAAAAGAGACUGGCGGCCGUGUUUAAUCUGCGGGAUGAAUGUCACCGGCAUGCGCGAUCAUAUCCAGGAGAAGCAUCGCGAUGUGAUACAGCGGAUCACGGCGUCCUGGAAGUACCAGUGUCCGGAGUGUGGAGACCGGUUCCACAGUCACGGAACGCUGGACUUCCACACCAAAAUCAAACAUAAGCGCUUCCAAUGCUGGUACUGCGCCAAGCUGUUCCAGACGUCCAACCUGCUGGGCUGUCAUGUCGUGGAGCACAGCAUCAACGGGGAGUACCCCUGUCCUGCGUGUGACAAGAUCCUACCGAGUUAUCCACAGAUCAACGUCCAUUAUCAGACGUCCCAUGAUGCGACGCGGUUGAAGACGUGCAGUGUGUGUCAGACAACGUGUUGUGGAGAAGACAAGCUGGACGAGCAUAUGGCAACCUGCCACAACAGUGCGGAUGGUACGAAGAAAAGAGCCGUGAGGCGUGCCACGACAAGCAACGGUAAAUCACGUGUGUGUGAGUUUUGUGGGAAGCAUUUUGAAAAGUAUCCCAGCUGGUAUUACCAUCGGCUCUACGUGCAUCUGGGAAAGAGGCCGAAAAAGUCAAGUAGUACAGUGCGCGUACAGUGCGAACAGUGCGGCAAGAUGUUCACCAGUCAAGGAAACUUGACGAAGCACUUGGACAGGGUGCAUAGCGACGAUGGGAAAGAGAAGGAUGCGCGGGAGCGGGCGAAACGAAAAGCGGCCGGUCUGCCCGGCAAUGGAGCCCAUCCGGGCUAUGUCGAUCCGCGAAAGCGGACAGCUUUUGCGGAUUUCGAAAUGCGGGGAAUGCCAACUGGGAUUUGUGCGGCAGAUUGCGCUGACGAAACACAACGAAGCCCGGCAUCCGCAAAAGGUCAUCCAUCACCCAGUUAAAUUGUUAAUGCAGACAGUUAAUGCUGUCCAGAUUUUGAGAACAUCUCGUUAUCUUUAUCCGACCGGAAACGUUUGCAUUAUUCAGUAGCAUGCUUUCAGUGUGGAUUUUUGUAUUAUAUUGUAGCCGUACAAAUAAGAUCGGCAGUGUUACAGUAAUGAUGAUGAGGAUUUCAUUGGUGCUAGUUGAAGCGGAAAACAUCUGAAUGUGUACUUGUACGAAUCUUCACUUUUAUCGUGGAUUUCUAGACUGGUUUGGGAAAUGUCUAACUGAUCUGAAUUCAUUCUUGCUCUUGCCCUUGCCCUUGCCCUUCUCCAAUGUUUUCAGCUGAAGAAAAAUGUGUGCGUACGCGUUGACAAUGUGUUCCGUUGCCGGCUUUCGUUAAGAGUUAAUUGCAUAAGCGAUCUUAAAGUAAUUCGUUAACACCACCAGAACUUCCGAUCGUGGUACGGGUGUGUAACCCACUCCA